AUGGGUUCCGCCUCUCUCCUCUCUCUGAACGACGAUGUUCUCUUCGAAAUCUUUUCGCUCCUGGACCGCAAGGAGGCACUCGCGACGUCGUACACCUCCAAACGCGCCUAUCGACUCGCCAUCUCCUACGUCUUCACCGGUCUGCGCUGGAGCAGAACCAUGUACGGGUCUGUACCUGAAACCGAUUCCUCUGAGGCCUAUGCCCUGUGGGAGCACAUGCACGCACCAGAGCCGGUUUUUCAGGUCCCACGCGUCCAACAUCUCCACCACUUCACCACGGUGUUCUUCGAACGAGCCGACGUACCGCUUCUGCACAAAUUUCUCAGCCACGCCUCCAACCUCCGCACCAUCGAUCUCUGGAACUUCGAAUCCUUCGUCGACGAGGACAAAGAAGGUCCCAUCCGAGCCAUCGGCGCGAUGCACCAUCUCGAGCGAGCGAGUCUGAGAUCCAUCCCCUCAACACGGCCCUUCGCUCUCGAGCUGCAGACGAAUCCUGUCCUGUCCGAACCGGAGCACGUAUGGAAGUCCUUGUAUGGCGCGGUGCCUCACCUCCGCUCUCUCGAGGUCACAGUAGAGAAGUGCAUCGUGCACGACUACGUGGACUCCCUGCUUCACGCACUGCAAGACUGGCCGCUCCUACACCUUACCCUCCACUUCCCGCCGCCCACGCAUAUAUGGUCGGCUGAGAGCGUGGCGGAGGCCGACGACCGGCGCGCAGCGGAGCUCCGCCGCGUCGAGGCGCUCCUGCCGCUCCCCCUCGGCUCCUGCGGCCGCCCGUCGCUCCGGCUCCUCGCGCUGCGCUCCUGCCUGCCUGCAUUUAGCGGCCUCGACAGCCCGCAGGCGCGCGGACUCGCGACGGAGCCCGCGCGCGAGGACGACGUUGAGCGGCGGUGGGACCCGACGAGCGAGUUCGUGCGCCCCGCUCUGCGGAGGCUGCGGGAGCUCCGGGAGGAGGUCCCGCGCGACGAGCGGUGGUGGUGGGUCGAGGGCGAGGGUGCGGCGCGCCGACCGGUGGAGAUCUGGCGGGAGGACGGCGAGCGGGCGCGGGAUCUUAUCCAACGCGCGGACUUUGACGCUGCGAGGACCCUCGACGCCGGAAUGACUUCCACGACUUCCCGCUUCUCACAGCCCGACACCUUCUUCUCCCCUGCGUCUCGUCCCUGGUCUCUCGAGACCAUGGUGACAGAAGACGAGUGCGGCGUGCGUGCGCGAAUACGGUAUAGUCCGUCCCGGGAGCCCCUGCUCGCUGGACCCCGACUUCCGAGCUCGUCCAUCUCUCUCUGCACUUCCCCGCCCGCCGACACGCGUCGAGCAUCGCCGAGGUGGAGGACUGGCGCGCAGUGGACACCGGAAGCCGGCCGCGUCGAGGCCUUCCGCCUAUUCCCGCUCCAGUUCGUCGAAGCCGUCCUGUCGAUCCGCGCCGUUGCGCUCUCUGCGCGUCUCCUUGGAUCGACCGGCUUCGACACCAGAGGGCGCGCGCCACGCUAG